GUUGUCGUCAUUGUCCGCGGAAGGACCGCCCCCUCGCCCAUGAGUGACCGCGCGCCGCGCCGGUAAACCCGCAGCGCGCAAAAGCGGAAGUGAGCUUGUUUUGGAAAAGCGAGAGAAAUCCAGACUUCAAACGGGUUCUGGACCAUGGUUCCUGUAUUCUUAUCUCGCUCGAACUCAAAAUGAGAAUAAUCUUGAGCAGUACCUCAAGGUCUGCUGUAUGAUUCAUUCUGCUGGGUUUCCCUGGUUUCUUUAAAUCUUAGUUCUGUUACUCUCUGUGCCCUAUGGUAUUUGAUAGAGAGUAUUUGAACUAAGUGACAUGAAGAUGGAAGCAGCAGAGAAGGCAAACUUCUCAUCCCAGGAUGGUCUUGAGGAAACUGAUGCUUCAGCAAAAGGUAUUGAGACAAAAAUUGAUGACACCAACAAAGAUGGUGUUGGGUCAUUUCAGAAAGAGACCUCAGCUGCUAAAUUGAGAAAAGAGGACCGUAACUGUCCACCAAAACUAAGUGUGGGCUCUGCUGAACCUUGUUUGUUGAUGGAACUUGGGCAAGACUCUUCCGAAUCCCAGCUUCCAUCUGCAGACGGUGAUAAACAAACAACUGGCCGAACCUAUGAUAGCGACUCUUCAAAUCAGUGCAUGGUUUCUCCUUCUUCCAGUGGUCAUUUGGCAGAUUCUGACACACUUUCAUCCGUAGAGGAGAAUGAGGCACCUCGGGCAAAUGUGGCUGUGGAUGAGGAUCCUUCGGGUGGAUCUGGUCCUGCGGUCGGCCGGAAAUCACGGCGAUCCAGGUCUGAGAGUGAAACGUCAACCAUGGCUCCUAAAAAGAAUCGCUCAUCAAAUGACAAACAAAAUGGCCGUGUGUCAAAGGUUAGAACCCAGAAACAAAAGGAACGGAUACGACUACUACGGCAGAAACGUGAAGCAGCAGCUAGGAAAAAGUACACGUUGCUGCAGGACAGCAGUACAAGUGAUAGUGACUUGACGUGUGACUCCAGCACAAGUUCAUCAGAGGAUGAGGUCUCAGGAAAUGGCAAGAGGACGAUUAGUGCAGAGAUUCCAGCUGCCAACAAUCGUGCAGAGGGGACUGCAGGCACUGCCGCCCAAAUGGCCGGACUACUGGACAGUGGGAUAUCAUGGGAGCGGAACUGUAUCGGCAAUGUCCUCGAGGAAGCAAUGAACUGCUUUGCUGAGAUGCAGCGGCAGACAGAGGAAAGAUUCCGAAUGUGGAUGGAAAAGCUGACCCGCUUAGACACUGAUGAGGACACAAAACAGCAAUCGAAUCGACAGGAGCUCAAAAUGCCAACAGGAGGCACAACAGUGCCAGCUCCUAAUCAACCCAACGUGUUAAUGCAUCUGUCCAGUAACCAUACAAAUCCACAACAAUCAUAUCACCCCUACAUGAGCAACAAUCCAAAUGCUGAUAGUACAGCACCAUAUCAAAUGGCUAUCAACAACAAUCCAAUGACUGGGUUUCAGGAGAAUGGAAAUUCCUCUGGUCAGGAUCUCAAUCACUCAAAUCUUUAAGCAAUCAGAAAAUGAAAUAUUACAAUUAAACUCCCAGGCUAACUAGAGUUUUUGAGGGAAGAUCUUUUGGCCAAUUAGAUUUCUAAAUAUCAUAUAUGGGCAGCAAUGCAGUUUUUGUUAAUCUUAAAAUGGUUGUUAAUCUUAAAAUGAUUGCUUGAAAUACCUUAAAGCCACAAGUCACCAUGAUAACUAUAACAACCUACCUCUGACUUUACCUUUAGUCACAUUGCAAGACAUAAAGACUUCGCUAAAUGUAACUGUUCAGUUAAUCAAAGUUUAAAAUUUUAAUUGUCCAAGUUACAUUAACAGUUAAGUGAAAACUACUUUUACAAUUUCAGGUUAUUUAAUAUGUUCAUAAAACACAGGUUGGUUCAAUCAUAUAAUGUUCUGACUUUGCUCAUCUGAGACCAUCCUAAUUUACAUGCAGUGACUGAUAAAAGCCCAGAAAUGACCAUUAUACCUUGCCUAAUAAAUAAAAAAUGGGGGAAUGCUUGUCAGAAGAUGCAGUCGCUGAUGCCCCACAUUUCCCUUUUUUGUCUCCUCCUUCUCAUCCAUACAUCUCUUGUCUGCCUCCUUGUUCCCUUUGAACUUCUUUUUUUGUUUCUUUACCCCGCUCCUGUCCUCAAAAAAAAAACUUCAAAGUUCUUGUUUUUGAAAAUCUAUGCUAUACAACUUGCUUUAUGUGUGAUGCUAUUAUGGUAGGAACUGAAUAUGCAGAUAGACGUUUGAAGCAUGUUUAGAAUGAAAUUCCAGUUUCUUCUUUUUUAAACUAUUUUCAGUGCAGAUAAUGGAUAGGUGAAGCCUCCGAAGCUCCCACCACUUGGCACCAGUGUUACUGCAUGCUUAUUUGUUUUGCAUCCAUCAAAGCCAUGGUACACCAUUGUAAUUCCUCUUGUGCUGGGGCACUUAAGGUAUGCUUCAAUAAUGAACAAGGAUUGUUAAUUGAUCAUUUCAGGACCUGGGACCAUUUCUUUUGGAUUGCACCAGCAGAAAUGAUUAAUUUCAAGUCCAUUAAGCCAGUGAUUAUAGUGCCACCAUAUUGUGCUUUGUCUAAUGCCAUGACACUAAUUUCCUGUAUAGUUGUAGAAAUUGAGCACUGUAGAAAUUUGUCUCAGGUUUAGAAUACAUUAGUUUAACCAACUACUGCAAUACAUACACCAACAAUUGGUCCAUCCUAAAGAAUCAAAAUAUCCUCUUGGUGUUGAACUAACACUUCUUGCACAGUUAGAUAAUUUGCUUGAAAAUGCUGAUUAUGUUCUGUUUUUCUCAUGACCAGUGUUAGAUUUAGUAUAUCAUAGAUUAAUUCCACUAGGUCAGCUGAUCUGAAGAAACUUUGAUUUGUGUCUCCAGUCUACAGAUGCAAGUCACAAUUAGUUAUUAUCCUUCUUGCCUAUCCACCAUGUUCUGAAUCUGUUGGUUAAAUGGUUUCUAAAAUUGAAGUCUAAUGUCCUUACCUGGAUAAGUGUAGAGGAUUCUUUCAAACCAGUUGAAAUAUAUUUCAAAGAAGCAAAAUAUUGGGGGUGCUAGAAAUCUGAAAUAAAAAUUGAAUAUCCUGGAAAUAUUCAGUCCAUUGACAUCAAUGAAGCAAGAAACAGUUGAUAUUUCAGGUCUGUGAUCUCCUGUUAGAAGAUUAGAAAUGCAUUUUAAGUUGGCUAGGUUCUAGCGAACGCCAGCCAUGAAAAAUAAUUUUUAAAAUUACAUUAAUUUUAAAUUUUGGAUCACUUAACAGCAGAAAUAGAUAUGGACCUAGUAGAAUAAAUAAGGCUAGAUGCCAUUAAAAAGGGCAAUUGAAUAAAUUUUAAAAUUUUGAUUACUAAUAGCCAUUGCAGACUGAGUUAUUGAAUUUUGUGGCUUGUGUUAUGGGGUAGACAAAGAUUCAUUGGAAAAUACACCUUAUAAAUUUGAGGUUUUAUGCAUACAGUACUUUAUUGGCAACUCAAAAUUAAUGAUUGCUUUAUAAAAAUAUGCAUAUAAUAAUGUAGAAUGUCAUUCUAUAAAAGUUCCCACCUUUGCAUAGCAAUCAAAUUUAAAAUAAACACGCUCCCAAAUACCUUGAUGAAUUGGUUCAAUUACUUAAAAUAAUACUGACGAGAAGUAUUUUAAGACCAGGAAUCGAAAGUUGAAAACUUAUGCAAAAGUGAUAUUUGGAAGCUGUGAACAGGAGGAUUUUCUAGAUGAAUGGGCUAAGAUUGACCAAAUGGCCAUUGUCAUUUAUCUUGUGUCUCAGUUUAUACAGGAACAUGUUUUGCAUUUGAUAACACAUUACCCCUCAGAUACAGAAGGUGUAAUAUUCACCAAGGACUUUUGCUCAAGAUUGCUGCCUCAAGAUUGGGUGGAUUUGGCUUAGCUGUGAUAUUUUCCAGGGUUGCCAAGUUCACUGGUAUUGCACACAAAGAAUUCCUCAUUGAUUGACGUUCAUGACGGCAGCCUGCAGACACCUAUCCUAAAAUGAGUUGGUACUUUGAGGACCAGAAAGAAGCAAUUUGGAAAGAAAAACAGGUGAUGGGGUAAAGGAUAAAAUGCUUUGAAGUUUAAAAAAUAUUUUAGAUCUUCUCUUCCAGUGAAAUGAUGAUAUUAACGUCAUAGGUUCACAAUAUUAGAUUAUCCUAAUGCUAGUGUCAUGGACAUAACGAAUACCUGUAUUUGAGUUUAACCUUUUUAUAUGUCAGUAAGCCAUUUGUGAAUGUAUGCCAUUCGGUUAAACAGUUGCAAUUUAGAAUACUGAAGUUUAGGCGUAGUUACUUGUAGAAUCUCAAUGAAAGCAUGGAGUUUCCAAAAAUGUUUUUUUUAAAAUAAUGCAAGGCAUGUUCUUUAUUCUUCAGAUUCACUCACACUCACUGAAGUAACUUGAAGUUCAGUAUUUCUGAGCUUUAUUUGAAAUGACCACGUGUCCAGCUACUUUAGUUUAUCCAUUGCAUAUACUAAAUUCAGUUUACAGAAAAUAAUUUUUCUGUUAAUUCUUGGAUUUAAACUUUCUGUCAAAAAGUAAUAUAGCUGAAAAGAGCUAUAAAAUAAUCUUUAAUGGUCAUUACUAAUGCUGAAACAUUAGAACAGAUGGAUUCCUGAGAUGCAAUAUAGCCAUGUUAGCUUUUUCCACCAGCCUUGAGAGAAAAGAUGAAGGAAAAGCGACUGUCUGGUAUUGUGAUAGCACGCCUUUUCCAUUAGGUGUAAAAACAAAAGGCCCCGUGAGUGAAUUUUGGUGGACAAUCUAGAAGAAGCUAUAAAUCCAAAAAAAGAGACAUCUUUUAAAAUCUGUUAUGUUCUUCCAAACUUUCUGAAUUUAAUUUUAUGCUUUUACUCAGCCUUUUAAGUUGCACUGGCUAUUUUCUGUUAUAUUGAAUAUCUGCUGUUCCUAAAAUUCACAGGGACGACUUUGUGGCAGGGAGCUUGUUCUUAAACAGUUCUUUGACUUUUGCUGCCAAAUCACUGAACGUUUGCUGGUGAUAUUCUCAACUGCUGUUUAAUAAAAUUGCUUUAUAUGGAAAUCUCCACAUUUCUCCAACGUUUGUGACUGUUACCAAUGGUUUUUUCCAUCAACAGGUAUCCAUCUCUAUUUAUGACUUCACGCAGUGUUAGGGAAAAUUAAAUAGGAUUAUUAGGAUAAACAAUUGAAAAGAAACCUCUCCAACAGCCUUCUCCCCAAAGCUAACCAAAAAAUGUGGAAAUAACACGACAUAAAAUAUUUGAACAUCUUUUUGCUGAUUUAUUGCCCAUUUUAAGAAUUAGCAAGUGAUUUUCAUCUAAACAAACGUAAUAUUAUUGAAUGGAUAGGCACCUUUUUACUGAUGUUCAUCCUCUCGUUUGAAUUUAAUGUGUACAUUAUAGGGGGAGAACACAUCACCACUUCUUUAUAUUUGGAGUGUACUAAAAUUUACACCACUCAAUUACACUGGAAGGACCGGUUAUUUUUAUCUACGAUUUUACUGAUGUUAAAAUGAUCCAGAAUGUGCCUGAAUUGAGUCUUUACCCUUUAUUAUGCUAAAUUUAACUCCAUGACUGCUAUAUUGUCAGGUGCUUGAUAGGCAGCCUGGGUUCUUAAUUGUUUUCCCCAGGUCCCCAGAGUGGUCGUGCCUUGGCAUUAGGAUAGCUGGCAACUUAAUCUGCCAAGUGGAAUGUGCUAAUGACUCCAAUCAUUCUUUGUAGCUUGGCCGUAAUUUCUUGUUAUUACUUCCUUUUGCUCCUGGCUACUUGCUAUACAGUUGGCAAAUUAACACAAAGGAGACUGCUGGAUUUGAAUUUUUUGUGGGGUUUGGGCUGACUAAUAAAAUAAACCUAUCUAUCAUUUUUGGAGUGAAGAUUUACUUUUUAAAAAAUUGUGAAAAAUACCACAAGAAGUCAUGUUAUUUGUUUGAAGUCCAGUUCUCAUUAGUUUAAGUCCAAGCACUCCCUCGUGUUUAACAUAAUACCCUGAAUUUAUUAGCUGCUGUUUCAAGUAAGGGAUGUCUCAGUGCAGACUGGGGAGAGAAUGUGUUGGCAGCUUUAGAUAUCCUCUCCUUUUCUUGUCUUGCCAAAGUAUAAUUGGAAAAUUGCAAAACAGCUUUAUUCUGUAUUAUGAUGUGGUAUGCUGUAACAAUUUAUGCUGAAAAGAACCACCUUACAUGAAGUUUUCUGAUAUAUGAAAAACCUACCUACCAUCGGAAUUUGUGGGUUAAGAUCAAUCUCCUUCAAGAAUUGUUCUGAAAUUUACACUUCCUCUUACUUGGUUUUGUCAAUUUACCAGCAUGAUAGCAAUUAAAGCAGUUUGUGAAAUCUGUGGCUCAAUCUAAUAAUGAAUGUAAAAUAACUCCAAAGAUAAUAUUCUUGAGCAGGUUUUGAUAAACAUCAGAAUUAAAUCAGUGGAGGUGGGUUUUCAUCACUUUGUUCCUGAAGCUGCUUUCUUCAGUGGAGCAGUGAGUUAUUAGUAUUUACACAACAUCCAUAAGCACUUGUGGACAAUGUUUACGGUGUCAUUUGUUUUUAAAACAAUAAACUCCGUUCUUACAAGAGGUGGACACAAAUACCAAGACCUGUAUGUCAUUUCUUUAAGGGAUUGAUUUUGAACUCGUACCUUUUUGUUUGGAUUUUAACAGUUUUUACACCAAAUUUUGAAAGCUUUCAGUUCUGUUCAUAAUGAAGAAUUUGAGAUUUUUGUUUGCGUGCCUUUUUAUACACAUGUUUGAUAUGACUGUGACUAUGACUAGGAACUAAUGGCAGCCUCUGGUCCUAACAACAUUCUCAUUGAUUGGCCACUCAGGCUUAAGAUUUUGGCAUCUUAUGAGACAUAACCUAAGAAAUACGAGGAGUUGUUCAGUAAGAUCAUGUUACAUUUCUCCGUUAACACCUGAGCUGAUUUUUUAUGUUGAGUCCCUGUUCAGGACGGGGGAUGCUUUAGAACUAGACAUUGUUGGAGGAGCGUGCUGUCUCACUACUUUGCUAGCUGCUACAUAAAUUUAAAUGUUCUGCCCAGUUAACAAUAUUACCAAUUAUAUACUUUAUAUUAGGUUUGGGGAAAAUGUAAACAGAUUUCUUAAAAAAACAAAAUUCUUGGUUUAUUGUGUAAACAGGACUUAGUUGGCAAAGAUGUAAAGCUGUUUAACAUGAUUGGAAAUAUGAAAGUAGAAACAGAUGCCCUUCUAAACAAUAUCCAAAACAAAGUCACAAACCCAGACUUGUGAUUUUCAGUAAAUAAGUCCAAGCAGUUAGGUUAAGGCAUGUAACUUUUAAGCAGUAUCUUCUAUGAGAGGCAUUCUUCUAUUCUUUUAGUGACACAUUUCUUUUGAAAUGGCGUUCAUAUAUCGUACAGUCCCUUCAAAUGAACCACUGUCCACAGUCCUGUAAGCAUGUAUCCUCAACAACAAUAAUAAAACAGCUUCAAAAUGUCCACCCUCAAGAAAUGAAAUGCCAUUUUUAAAUGUGUUUUAUUAUAUUCUGUAAACAAAACAAUUUUUAAAAAAUUAGGAUCCAUGUACACAUACAUUCUUUAGUAUCUUUAGUACUCCGAUAAUUCAAAGCAAAUUUAAAUUCUAGAUAAAACAUCAGCAAUUACAUUGGAUAGCCCUGCAGUGUGAACAGUUUUUAAGUCAUAGGGCUGCAAUUGUAAGCUUCAUCAAAAUAGUUUGGUAUUCUGGUUUUGAAUUUUCCCAUGAAAGCUCAGAAGACUAUGAUCGGAAUAUAUUAUUGACUCCUAAUAGUUGCGAUGGGCAUGCAUUUCGAAAUGUUUAACAGUAAGUUGCAAUCCUAAGGUUUCCUUUUCCAUCAUGUAGUUUUGUUUUUGCUUAUACUUGUACUGUUCUGGACAAUACUUGUCUUUGCCCUGUGUGGCUUACCUGCCCUUAUGUAAAUUCACUUUUGGCAAAGUGGCCCUUUGAAAUGUCACUUUCCAGUAUCACCAGAUCAUCAUGAAGGUAAACCACACAGUUAGGAACACUGAGUACCACUUGCGUUUAUCAGUCUCUGGAAAGUAACUGGGGCAAUUUUUAGCCCAAAUGGCAUCAUUUAGCAUUGGUAGAGAUUGUCUAGUGACAAAGGCCAAUAUCUCUAGAUCAUGGUGUUGAAACAACCUGUUAUUAGCCUUUUAUCAACUCUAAUUGUUCUAUUCAUCAGCUCUGUCAAGUCCUGCCAACUCUAUCAAUACAGUCUUCCAGUUGAGGAAUUGGGUGGGAAUCUGCCUUUGUUAUUCAUUGAUUUUUUUUUUCUCUAUAGUCUAGAUAGGAUGCUCUUUUAUAGGACGACAUUCUUGGAACCUUUUCCUGCAAAUGCACUGUCUCUUUGACCUCACUUGGCCUUUCCAUGACACUCUCAAAAGCUACCACUUUUACUCGAGCCAAAUUAUGCCCCAGAAGCAAGUCAACGCCAUCUAUAGUUAAACCAUGGGCAACCACUGCUGUUCCAGACAGUCAUCUCUAGGUGCACCCAGAUUAAAAGUACCGGUGUAUGCUUCCGGCCAUUACCAUUUACUAAAUCCAGAUGUUCAGUGUACUGUCUGGUGCAAAAUCUGUGCCUUUCCCAAUGAGUGUUCAGUGGCUCUUGGCAAAAGAUGCUUUAAAAAUGCCUUCUUUUCAUUACACCUCAUGAGAACUUCCACAAGGUUAAACAGUCUGUCUGUUUAUCCUUAACAAUCUUGUGUUUCAAUGAGAUCAUCUUUCGUUCUUUGAAAUUCCAACGAGUAGAGUGCCAGCCUUGUUCACAAGACAAUCCCUCCAUAUCAGGGGUCAUCCUACUGAACCGCUUCUAAUGAAAUGAUAUCUUUCCUUAAGGGGACCAAAUCAAUUCUCAGUACUCCAGAUAUGAUCUCACUAACAACUUGUACUGUUGCGUUAAGACUUCCAUGCUCUCUUGCUAUUUUAAUUCAACCUCCUUGAAAUAAGGGCUGACAUUCCUUUAGUCUUCCCAAUUACCUGCUGCAUCAGUGUGCUCACUUUCUGUACUGUGCACAAGUACCACCAACAGAGAAAGCUGCAGCACAAAGGGACUUGGGAGUUCAAGUAUGGACGUUGUAAUGGGCGGCAAGUCCACACCCUUAAUGUUGGGAUGAAAAUUAUCCAGGUAUGCAGGAACAUUAUCUAGGAUUAAUAAAAUCUUGAGCAGAUUCUUAGAGGGACACUAUCUCUCCAUCUCAAGUACAAAAUGAUGCCACAACCAGCCCUCAAAAAUGCUCAACAGCACCCUACCAAUAACUUUUAUACGCCUAGAAGCGAUGCCUUCCAGAUUCCCUUGAAAGCACUGGAGAUUUCAGUAUCAUACACCAGCAUAGGCUUAAGUAUGCAAUCCAGCAGCAUUAUCACAAAGCAAUAGGGUCAAUCUAUCUUUAGCAGAUUUAUGUCCUGGCGCAGACUUCUCCUUCACAAUGCAUAUUUGAUGGGGCAUUUCCCUACAAACAGUCCCAUCUCAUCAAUGUUGAAUGCCUGUUCAGCAUUCUACCCCACCUCCCUAAUUAUUUUAGCCAGUGGAUCAGGAAGUUCACUUGCAGCAUCAAAAUCAGCAGUAGUAGCUUCCCCUUAUGUGUUUACGUUAUGCAAAUUUGCCCUCCCUUUAAAUCUAUUAAACCAACCUUGACUAGCAACGAAAUCUUCACUAUCACUCUUACCAUCAAGCCUAGACUUUAAGACUGCAUUCAAGCCUUUUGCUUUUUCUUCAAUAAACGAUAGGCUAACUAGCAUAUGGCGCUAAUGGUGAUCCUCAAACCAAGCAAUUAACAGUAUUUCCAUUUCUGUAAUUAAUCCACUCCUUUGCUUAAUAAUUACUUAGCCUUCAUCGGCACUGAGCUCGUCCCAAGUUCCAGAAUAUGCGCUUUCUCUUUUAAAAUAGUUCCAACUGUGGAACAGCUCAGGCCUAAUUCUUUUCUAAUGUUCAUUGGCAUUUUGCUUUCUUUAGAUCGCUUGCUUAUGUCAAUUUUCUCUUUAUUGUGAUAGUUUUAUGUUUCUUCGAUGCACUGUCGGAUGUGCUUUUAGGUGGCAUGAUGACUACCCUGUUGAAACCAAAGUGGGCAUGUACUCUGGAGAAAUCUGUACAAAGUUGUAAAGGGGAGUUUUUGAACAGCCUCAUUGGGCCCUACCCCUAGUGGUGUGUGCAAUUGACAAAACUCUGUUUGCCCAGCAUUCGAGUCCAGGCACAUUGAGUUGGGCCAGUGUUUUGUGUCAUUCCUUCAGAAAUUAUUUUAGCCUUCAUAUCAACCUUGGGGAGAUGUUGAAGGGCUGACACCGCAUUCAUGGUUCACGAAAAUGUCGGGCUGCACUCAGCCAAUCAUGGGGUGAUGGGGUCUGUACAAAACAGUGCUGUUGCUUCUUUGUUUCUAAGUAUGAAGAAAUGUUUGCAUGUUGAAUCCUGAAUGUUAUGGGAUCUUGUUCUUAACUAGCAGAGUUUGUAAGUCAGAUGUUCAUAUGUCAAGGACCCCUGUACUUCAUUUGCCAACUUUUUGCUCACUUACUUAACCUAUCACUGUCUCUUUGUAAAUUGUGUCCCCCUUGCAACCUAUGUUUCCGCCUAUUUUUCUAUAGUCUGCAAUUUUGCUUGCAUUACAUUUGCUUCCUUCCUCCAAGCCAUUAAUAUGGCCAGUUAUAUAUUUUAUCUCUAUUAGGUUUAAAAUAAAAAGGCUCAUCAGGCAGGUUUCUUCAAUAAACAAACUACUUGAUUUCACUGUGAAAACGACUUAUUUGGCAAAGAUGUACUGCUCAUUAACACUGUUGGGAAUAUCAAAAAGUAAAUAUUUGCCCUUCGAAAUAAAUCCCACACAUGCACACAAUUUCAGAGGAAAAACAUUUUUCUGCAGAGAUUAAUUUUGAAAAAAAAAAACAAUUUUCGUUAAUAAAUGUUAUUUUUUGAUGGAAAGAAAGUAUGAAAUGUUCAAGAUAGCUUUCAGUCAGUGCCAUGAUACAAAUACACAGGGGUUACUAAAUACAGGGAGUUGUCACUGGGAUCUUUGUAGAUGCAGUUUCUUCAGGAAUUAUUGAGAAUUCAGAUACUUUUCAAGAGAAAACACUGGACCUUCCAAAAGGAUUUUGUCAGAAAGACAAUGGAUGAACUAAGUUCAGUCUUUGAUUAUCCAGAAACAGCUGGAAUAAGUAACACUCAGUGUUACAUCUUGCAUAAAACUCAAUAUUUUGUGGACAAAGUGACAAGCACUUUUGGUGCAUCAUAGACUCAGCAGUGUUUCAAAUAGUGUCCACAAUGUAAGAUAUUUUAAAGAAAAUGGAGGUGGUGAGUGACAAUUAAAUCUGCGGGAAAACAACCAGUUUGUGCUGUUGCAGUACCCCAACUGAACUCCAAACCGUACCUAAAACACAGCCAUGAACCUAGGCAGUGAUGUUCAGUUUUAAAAAGUCCAAGCAGUUAGCUGGUGCCAUGUGAUUUACAAGAAAUGUCAUUUUAAAAAAAGUCCCCAUGUCUUUUUAGUGACCCCUUUUUUAAAAAAAAAAACACACGCUUUCUCAUCUCUUCAAAUGAACCAUUGUCCACAAUCGUUGGAGAUAUAAUUUCUCAAAAAAAAUCUGAAAUAAAAACUGCUGGAUAAACUCAGCAAGUCUGGCAGCAUGUGUGAAGAGAAAACAGUAUUCAUGUUUCAGGUCCAGUGACCCUUCAGAGCAAAAAAAAUUACUUUACAAGAAAAUAAAGUUGAGAAUGUCAGUAUUUUAGCCAAUCGUUAUGUAAAGUCUUGCUCUUGAAUAAAUGAAUAAAACAUGUAAAAGAUUACAAAACACUCUGAUAAUGCACUAACCAGUUGGUUUCCCUCAGAUUUAAUUGUUUCUGACUAAUCAACACCAGGUCCAUGGGCAAUAUAUCUCUGUACUAAAGGGUAUGGCGGCCAGCUUUACUACAGCUCAACUACACACUGUUUAACUUCUCCGCGUUUUCUGUGAUGUGUAAUGGAGUGCAAAUCUUGAAAUUAGCUGUAUUUCUGUCCAUAUAUGUGAACUGUUAGCUGUUAAAUGGCAUUAUGCUACACAAAGCAAGAGUCAUGGUCAUAGAGUUAUACAGCAUGGAAACAGACCCUUCCGUCCAUCUAGUCCAUGCUGACCUUGUUCCCAAACUAAAUUAGUCCCACUUGUCUGUGU